AUGGUGGAGCAUACGAUUCAACGUGUAGUUCAAGGAAAGACGUUGAGAUUGGUGAAAAGGGACAGUGAUGGGUACUUCAAGCUAGAGGGCUUUCUACCACACCUUAUUGCGCACGAAUUCGGGCCAGACGCGCCGGAACCGUGGGAUGCGUACCAGGAGGACGCGUUGUUGGCGAAGUACGGUGUGUUGAUUGACACGGACGUGCAGUACGCGAAGUGGAUCACGCACAGCAAGGCGCAGGAGCUGAUAGAAUUGCUGGGGUGGGGCGACGCGUUCGCGAAGGCGGGCGGCACGGAGGAGGACCGGGGCAGUGCGGGCAGUGCCACGGACGAGGACGAGGACGAAGGGCUGGGGGUUGGCGGGGGUGCGAAGCGGGGCGCGGAGGAGGCCGGGGGCAGCGAGGCGGCGGGCGCGGGCGGGUCGCCGCUCAAGAAGUUGAAGGCGCAGGAGCGGCUGGAGCUGUACGGGCACGACCUGGCUGCAUUUCGCAACGAGGAGUGCGAGCUGGCGCUGGCGCGCGCGGUGGCCCCGCUGGAGGCGUUUUCGGGCGAGGAGCGCGUGAAGCUGGAGGCGUUGCUGCAGCGGAUCUUAUUUCCGGAGGGCGGCGCGCAGCCGCAGUUUGAGGAGUCGCUGCAGGAGGUGGAGCGGACCUACCCAGGCGUGGCACUGAAGUGGAACAUACCGAUCGAUGAACACGGCAACACGGCGCUCCAUUGGCUGUGCUCGAUUGCGAGCGUGGCGAUGGUGCGGUGCGUGGUCGGGCAGGGCGCGGAUCGGCUUCCAGGGGACCGGAUGGGCGAGACGGCGUUGGUGAAGUCGGUCAAGUCGGUGAACAAUUACGACUCCGGGACGUUUGAGGAGCUGCUCGACUACAUGUACCCGUGCCUGGUGAAGUUGGACGAGUCGAAUCGGACUGUCCUCCACCACAUCGUGCUCACGUCGGGCAUGCCUGGCUGCUCUGCAGCCGCCAAGUACUACCUGGACAUUCUGAUGGGCUGGAUCGUGAAGAAGCAGUCUCGGCGGCUGGUGGUCCUGGAGGACGGUCAGAAGCCGGACUGCAUUAUUUCACGCCUUGAUUUGAACUGGUUCAUUAUAAACGUGCUCAACGCGAAGGACUCCAACGGCGAUACCUGCCUGAAUAUCGCCUCGCGCCUGGGUAAUGUCUCAAUUGUGGAAGCCUUGCUAGAUUACGGUGCAGAUCCUUAUAUCGCCAAUAGUUCUGGCCUAAGGCCUAUAGACUUUGGCGCUGGCGUUUCAGUUCUUUAUUUUAACAAUGAGACACUAAACAAAACGGCUGCUGAUCACAAUUCCGGCGCAUCUGGGCAGGCCGCUGUAAUGAAACAAAAAAACUGCCCUCCACCCGACUCUAACGCUCUUAUCACCAGGCUGCAGUCUCUGCUUUCGUCUAUAUCCAAGGACUACGAGCAAGAGCUGAAGGAGCACGAGCGUAAGCUACAUGAGUUGCAUGCACAGCUUAAUUCCAGGCGCAGCCAGCUAGCCACUUCCCGAGAUCGGCUGGCCAAGGCACGCCAGCUGAAAGACGAACAUGCACUGUUAGCCGAAAGUGUGGCCAAUAUAGAAGCAAGUACUAAGGAGGAAGAGGCAAAUUUUGCUGCUCGGACACGAGAGAUGGGGAUCAAUCCUGACGACUAUCGCGGAUUGGAGGAGUUCGAUGCAGAUGAGCCUUUCCGCAUCGAUAUAAUAUACUCAGAGCUUGAUACUAUCUUGCACCAGCAAUUUCAAGGUGAUCUGGAAACUAUGUUAAAAGAUAUUAAUUUGAACAAGGUGGUGGAGGACAUCCUGGCUAAGGCCGAGGCCCAGAAUCCAGGCAUAAUCUCUGCGAUACCACCUGCUGUGUUGCUCCGAGCUCGUAUUCAAGCUUACAAACGCAAUGAGAAAGAAUUAGAGGAAACAUUUCAAAGUAUAGAUGAGAAGCACAAAACUCUGGAAAGCAAAUUCCGCAGAGUGCUUUCAUUAUGUUUGAAGAUCGAGGAAGAUAAAGUAGAUGGCAUGUUGGAUGGCCUCUUGCAGGCCAUCACUAAUGAGGAUCCGGAUGACAUCGAUAUCGAUGAAAUGCAGGAUUUUCUGAGAAAACACGGUUGA